GCCCGGCCGGGCUGUGGCGCUCAGGGCGCUGCUAUAAGAGGCGCCGCCGGGGGGCAAGUGCGGCCCGCCGAGAGCUCGGAGCUGCGCGGGCGCGUGGCAGCUGGGCCGGGUGCCUGGGCGCUGCAGGGCUUUGCUAUGGCAGAGGCUGCGAGCGUGGUGCCGAGGGUCUUGUAUCUGAAAGAGCGGCUCGGCCAGACUCAGGAUCCCCAAAAGAUUAUAAAAGCACUUAAGGGACUUCAGGAUUUGGAUAUUUCACUGGACAUUCUAGUGGAAACUGGAGUAGGAAAAACAGUUAACAGUUUUAGGAAACAUGCCACUGCUGGAAAAAUAGCUAAGUCUCUGGUAAACCACUGGAAAAAACUUAUUCCGCCAGAAAAUGAAAGUGACCACAAGGGGAAAAAACAGAACACUGAAAAGAGGAACGAAUUCUCAUUGGACAAGACAAAGUCAUCGAUUUGUAAAGAGAAUAAGAACUCUGGCAAGACAAAAACGUCUGAACCAGCCUCGGAAGAUGGUAAAAGAUCUCCCACAUCUGAUAAAUGGAAGAAGGAGCAUAGUUUUACAGAGAAUAAGCAAAGAAAUAAAGAUACUGAGUCUUCUAAUGGACGUGAAAGCAAAAUACAUAGCUCCAAUAGUUCUAAAAAUAUGUCCCAAAGCAUCAAUCCUGAAAACACAAAAAGUGACUGCAAAGAAACAACCUCUGCAGCCAGCAAAAAACCUUCAGAAAAGCACCAUUCCCCUAGAGCCAGCAAAAAAGACCUAUUGCCAACAAAAGGGUCUUGUAAGGAUCUUUCCAAACAGAGAAACUCUGAGGACACAGGAAAAUUAAAACAAACGCUUAGUGUGGAAAACAAACCAAAGUUGCCCAGUGAUGAGGACUUUGAGCCCCCCACUAUGUCUUUUGAAUCCUAUCUUAAUUAUGAUCAGGUUUCAAAUAAAAGAAAGAGGAAGACUUGUACUACAAGUGAACAGUCAAAAAACAUUAAGGGCUGCGAACAGAAAAACUGCUCGUUAUCGCCGAAAACUUCAAUAUCCCCUGUCACAAAAGAGAGAGAGGAAAAACCACACAAAUCAGAAGAUGAUCAGUCAGAAAGUCCCACUAAAAAGGCCAAGACAGCAUCGCUCCAAGAUCUACUUAAUACUCCACUGCCUAAAUUUCUGCCAGAGAUAUCCUUAUCUUCUCCCCCAUAUUCUACGGAGUUCAAAGCACCAGUCGCAGAAGUACCCCAGCAAAGCAGUGAUACAAAUCAAUUCACAGGACGGAGACUGAACUCUAAAAUGCAGGUUUACUCUGGCUCUAAAACAGUCUAUCUUUCAAAGAUGCUAACCCUGUAUGAACAGUGCAUCCGCAUACUUCAAAAUAACAUUGAUUCACUACAUGAAGUAGGAGGAGUGCCCUUUGAAAUUCUUGAGCCUGUGCUAACACGUUGUACACCAGAGCAGUUGUUUCGAAUAGAGGAGUGCAAUCCGACAUUUAUAGAAGAGUCUGAUCAUUUGUGGAAGAAACACUGCCAAAGGGAUUUUAAAAACGACCAUCUCCUGGAAUAUGAGUCGUGGCGUGAAAUGUAUGUGCGGCUCUUCAGUCAGAGAGAAGAAAAACUAAAGACCCUCACAAAAAACAUUAUUUCAGCUCAGUCUGAAAAACCUAAAGGGCGACAGGUUAAACUGGCUUACAUACAUAGUGUGGCAAAACCACCGAGAAAUGUUCGUCGGCAGCAAGAGAUCUAUGGGACAGCUGGACCUAUUGUACAGCUUCAUCCUAUCGAAAAGGGCAAAACAAAGAAUCCAGAAAGCAGAGACCGAAAUAACACCUCACCAAGCCCAAACGCAACCACUAGUAAUGUAACAAAUGGAAGCUCCAGCACUUACUCAAGUGGAGUGAGUCAGGAUAUAAAAAAAACAGUCAAAAUUACACCUGGGUAACGCCCACUAGACAAGAUGCUUUCAGUCUAGAUAGUGGAUGGGGAAAGGCCUAUUCAGGGCAAUGGGCCAUUAAGAAAAAGCAAGAGGCCUUAGGAGAAGCCCAUCUGGGAAGUCUUUCUGAAAACGCUACAGACAGUCUCCAAGUAAUGGCUGCUAUGACUCUACAAGGACAUGUGAUGAGACCACAUGCCUCUGGACUCCAUCUUGGAAUGUCAGUAUUUUUCCACAGACUGGUCUGGGAACAAAGCUUUGGGAACAAAGGGUUCCUGCCACAUGCAAAAGCAAUAUAAGGCAGGGACUGACAUCAUCUGGUGUUCACUUCUCACACAAGAAGAUGCCUGGAAACACCUGAGGAACAAAGACUGAACUGGGGAAGUGCUGGACCCAGGCUAAAGGGAUUUCAAGCUGUAAAGGAAGUGAAGCUUGCCCCUUAAGAAUCUGCAGCCUGCUUGUAUUAUCUCUUAGGAUGAGAAUCUGCUAAUUCAUAUCUAAUCUAUUUAGUAUAUUAUUAAGCUUAGUUUGCAUUUUUUAUUUAUUUGCUAGGUAAUCUGCUUUUGUCUGUUUGCUAUCAC